AAAUGAGUGAAAAGAAAGAGAGAGAGCAACUUGCUGCCUUUGCCAUUAUCUCUUCCCUCUCCUUCUUUCUACUAUACUAUAUUUUCUCUCUCUAAUCAAUCAUAGCUCCAUUUUUCAGAUCAAGCUAGCUUGCUCCAAGACAUUAAAAAAGAGAAAUACAUAGCUAUGGACAGUAAUACUAAAGCCUCCCCCCAACCUGACUCAGAAUCUCAAACAUCAAAGAAAAGGAAAAUGGUUGAGAAAACAGUUGUGGCAGUGAGGAUAGGAGAGAAUGUUGGCAAGCUGAAAAAUGAAGGGCUACCCUCAGAUUUUUGGUCUUGGAGGAAAUAUGGACAAAAGCCAAUUAAAGGGUCUCCAUAUCCAAGGGGCUAUUACAAGUGCAGCACAUCCAAAGGUUGUUCAGCCAAAAAACAAGUAGAGAGAUGCAGAACAGAUGCUUCAAUGCUCAUCAUCACAUAUACCUCUACACAUAACCAUCCAUGUCCCACUACCACAAAUUCACCUCAACAACCAAAAGAAUCUGAAUCAAAGACCAUCCAAGAUGUCUCACCUACCCCAAAGGAGGAAGACCAAGAAAAAAUAGAAGAGCAAGAGAAUAAUAACAAGACAAAUGAUGAAAUCACAAAUGAAGAAACUUUUCAAUACUUGCAAUCUCCAAUACGAUGCUCUCAAGACAUCAUCAUAGAACAAGAAGACCCUUUCAAACUGAACACGGAGAAAAGCCAUGACAGAAUGGAUCUCCUCUUGGAGGAAGAGCCCCUUUGUUAUGCACAAUUCAAGAACUUGUCUGCUUCCAAAAACGAAGAACUUGAUUUCUUCGAUGAGCUUGAGGAGUUGCCCAUGUCUUCUUCUUUCUUGCACUUUACGAGGAGCAUUUUUUCCGAUGAAAGGAUUCCCGUUGCCCCUUCUUGAUUCACUUGUUGUUUCGGUACUUUCUUAACUAUAUUGUAUGUAUUGUUUUCAUCCAUGCUUGUAUACAUUUCAUAUAGUUUUUUAAAUGACCAGGGUUAGUGUGUAGACAAAAUCAUCAGCUCUUGUAGUUAAAGAAUGAUGGCUCACAAUCAAUGGUAUAUAAUUAUUUCCGUAA